AUGAAUUUUAUAAAUGUUAUUUUUAUUUCACUAAUAUAUGUGUGCUCUGGUAAUCCCAGUAUCGAUAAUUAUGGAUCACUUAAUACCGGUGCUCAAUACCAACAACAUUUGACUCCCUUACAGAUCGAUACACUAAACUAUGGUCAAAGCGCCGGUGUUUUGCUCAGUCCCGUCGAUCUUAAGCUAACACUAACCAGAACUACUGAAAUACACAACAUUGAAAACUAUGACAAAUGCCAGAGCACUGGUAAGCUAAAUGUGGUAACUGUCGGCAGGGAUGAGCUAUUUUUCUUGAACAUGAGUUGCCUAAACUACUAUACAAGUAAUCCGUUAGCCAGAGAAACGUUGAGCUUAACGCUGGGCGAUAGGCUCGGUGUGUUGACUCCGAUUGUCAACUUUACCAUUACUAAUGUCGUGAGGAAUGGAUAUCACUAUGAGAUACACGAAGGUAUUGUAGCCGACGGUGAUCUGAUCAACGCUACCGUUACCAAAGUCAAGAUGUUUGCCGAAUCAGACUUUCAAAAGGGUUGCGCUCAGGAACCGGGUCUACAGUAUAUACCAGUGUUGAGAUCAGAUAUUUCCUUUAAAGCACCGUUUGGCGACUAUGCCAUUGCCUGCGAAACCGUACAAAAUCCAGGAAACAAUUAUUAUAGGCCUGGUAUUGUGGCACCGGAAGUGUUGGCUACUCAGAGAGCAUCUACUGGACAGCACUUUGUGGGACAUGUGCUUAAAAAAUAAAAUCAAGUUUAUAAUAAUAAAAAUAAUAAUAAUAAAGACAAAAUUAUCAAUUUAUAAAUUAUUAACUAAGACAAGCUUUUGCUAUUAAAAUAAACAUAUCAAAUAAAAAAUUAAAUUAAUAUAAUAAUUG